AUGGGAAAAUCUUCUCAAGUACCCGUGGAUCACGAUAGCAGUAGUGAUCGCAUAACAGCUCGCGUCGGAUCCCGCACCAAGAAAGCCAAAGUUGUGUUUGAUCCUUCCGAUCAUCAUGUGCCGCGAAAACGAAACCGUCGAGGUGAAACUGAUUUCGUAGCCACACCAUCACCGAAAUUGGAAUCAAAUCGAACUGCAACACCAUCAUCACCCUCGUCCACCGAUGGAUCAAACAACAUUCACAUGCCAUCAACGCCACCGCCACCCGUUGUUCAGCGAGCAACUACAUCAUCGUUUCGUUUUUGUCAGAAGUGUGGGAAAAAUGGUCCGGGACGAAUGCCACGGAAAACUACCGUAGCACCUUGGACAUGUCCUGGUUGCUUGGUGGCAUAUAAGACCGAAAAAACUGUUAGUAGCAAACAACGGCAUUCUCAAAACCAACUGCCUCAAUCUGGCGGUAGCGAUCGAGCCGCCGAAGAAGAAGACGAGGAAGAUGACGACGAGGAAAACGAUGAUGAGGAAGAAGACACUAAACAGCAACAGGAUUUCGCCGGUUUCAGCGAAACCGAACUCAGUGGUCACGGGAAUGCCAAUGAUGGAUCGACAGAAGACCGAUUGUCUCAGUUUAAAGAAGAAAAUGAUGCCGAGAGUGAAAAUGAUGACGACCUCUCCAGUUCCCGUACACGCGCCUCUUACAAACGGGAAUCAGUUGAGCAGGUCGACAAAGACGACGAAUCGAAAGAAAUACGUUACUGGUCCUGCGACGAUGUGUGUCGAUACUUUGGACGACAUUGUAAGGCUUGGGGUGAUCUAUUCCACGAGCAGGAAAUCGACGGUCCAUCAUUACUUUUGAUGCGAAAGGUUGAUGUACUAUCAAGAUUUGGUCUCAAACUAGGCCCAGCAAUGGAGUUAUAUCAGCGAAUAGUGGCUCUUCAAAACGGCGAUAGAGAUAUAGUAGACGUUCGAUUGACUUGGAUAUAG